UCUGAAGUCUGAACUGAUAUUGUUGUUUAUUUUUUGCCAACGUGUUUAAUCCUGCGAUAAAGUUCAAUUCCCUUUUAAAUUACGAUUUUGAUGUGAUAACUGAUAAGAGGAUCAAAAAUCUAUGCUUGAUAUUUUUAAAUUUGAUAAAGCAAUUGAUGAUUGAAACCAAGCAAGACGAAUAGGUACAACUUGUAUAAAAAUUUAUGAAAAUACCAUAGCUUUUGCUAUUUCAACAAGUCGUCAUGUCAUCGGUUCAUAUUUUCAACGUUGAAAUGACUUGCGAAGGUUGCUCUGGGGCUGUUGAAAGAGUUCUUAACAGAUUAAAAGGACAGGGAGUUGAGGACAUAUCAAUAAGUUUAGCUGAACAGAAAGUAUUGGUUACUUCUACACUUACAGCAGACCAACUUCUUGAAGUUAUAAAGAAAACUGGAAAGAAGACACAAUAUGUUGGUAAACAGUAAUCUUAGAUUAGAAUAUUUAUAUAAAAAACUAAGGCAGGUAAACAAUGUGAUGCUAAAAUGUGUCAAUCUAUUAUUAUUAUAAUAUUAUUCUUUGUAAAUAUUGUGUAGCUAAUCAUAUUUCAGAAGAUUUGAUUUCAAUGAGUUUUAAACAUGUCAUAUAAAUAUUUUUUUGUUAAACAUUUAUAUAUUUUAAGUGUAAAUGGAAUUUUUUAGAUAGUUGAUGUCUCAAAGACUAAAAUAUGUCAUUAUGAAUAACCACAGUGUCUACAGUAUUUCCUAAAUAAAUAAUAUACAUUUUGUUC